AUGGCAAUUAAACCUCUUAGUAAUAAAGAAAUUAAGGAUAAUAUGAGGGACUUGAAGAAGAAGCUUAGAAGCACGACUUCACAUGCUGAAGAAAUACGUAAAAAGUUAAAAAAUAUAUCUGUAAUAAGUGAUGAUUCUGACCUGGUAAAAAAUUUGGGAAAAUCUGCACAUCAGUCUUUUAUGAAGCCAUUACUGAAUAUGCAACCAGUUGUAUUAGAAAUAAUUCAAGAAAAGUGCGAUUCCUUUGUGAAAAAUUUUAACAUUGAUAACUUGAAUGAAUUACCGCCGAAGCUCUUGUAUAACAAAACUUGGAAGGAGUCAGUAGAAGAUCUAGUAGAGAUAAGUGGAGAAAUCCUUAAUACCCUAUAA